GAGGGCGGGCGGGCGGGGCAGCCGCUCCUGGUCGCCUGGAUACCGAAGAGGACGGCGUGGUCUUGCGCGGGUUUAAUCCGAUCGGAUGCGGCGCGAUGUCGGCAGCGCUGGUCAGAAAGGGGCUGGAUCUGAUGAGCGAGGAUGUGACAGUUCAAGGGCAAAGCAGGAAGACAAAUCGAGGACACGCAGCUGAUGCUGACCGCUUGGUUAAUACAAGCAAGAAGGAAAGAAGGAAGCAAUUGGAGAGGAUUCGCAGACAACAGGGAAGGAACAAGGCUACCGUCAAAGGGAAAAUAGUUAAAUCAGCUCUGGAGGAGUACAGGAAAAAUAGAGCAGCUGAUCAUACAGAGGAAAAUCUCCAGUAUAUGCUUGGCUCCAAAUUCCUAACUGAGAGCAGCGUUACUGAGAAGGUUCUGACAUACAAUCAAGGAAGGAAAGCAAAGGAUCGUCCGAAGGAAAAGAAAGUGAAGAAAGAAGAAACAAGUAUUUUCUCAGAGAGCGAUUUUAAGAAGUUUCAAAGAGAGUAUUUUGGGACAUUCUAAACUUGACAGCAGGUUGAAUUUUGUUGAAUUGUAAGGAGAAUGGGGCAGCUGCACAGAGCUGGUGAGGAGAGACCACAUCGCUGCUUCACACACGGCACCUACCCCCACCUGCUCAACACCUUACGGUGACAGUUGUGGUGGGACUGAUGGAUAAAGCCAAAAGAAAAAUCCUGCAGGUGCUGGGCAUCUAAGAUAAAAUGCUGGAAACACUCAGCAAGUCAGGCAGUAUCUGUGGAGAGAGAUGAAUUUAACGCUUCAGGCUGGUGAUUCUACAUCAGGACGGAAACCUGAAAUGUUAACUCUUUUUCUCUCCAAGGUGCUUCUUGACUUGAGGAUUUCUCACCUUUUCUGUUUUUCACUGAUACGGUUUUGUGUGUGUGUGCGGUGAGAACAGAAUGAAGGCAUAGCUCCUGAAAUUGA